UAUGAACACAUCUGAGCACGGAAGUGCACGUCCAAUACAUCAAGCUCAUGAAUAUGAUACCGAAAGUAACUUUAACUUGCUAAAACCCUGCUCAAGUUCGAAGACAAUCAGGCUUAGCAACACGUCAAAAUGGCAAAUCUAAAAGAUGACAUAAUGAAACUCUGCUGUGAAAUCUCCACAAAUAAGAGGAUAAAAGCUGCAUUUAAAAACUCAGCGAAAGGAGCCGUAGUUACAGGAGGAACUGCUUUUGUUGGAGGGCUGAUCGGUGGUCCUGCCGGUAUAGCUGUUGGUGCUGUUGUGGGAGGUGCGCUGGGCGGAUGGAUGACCAGCGGCCAAUUCAAACCUCUUCCUGAGAUCCUCAUGGAAAUGAGUCAUACACAGCAAGAGAAACUGUACUCCGAUGUCAUGGCCAUAGUGGGUACACUGAAAUGGACUGAGGUUGCGCAGCUGAUUGCUCAAGUUAAUGGGAAUGCCUCUCUACAUGAGCAGGUGCUGGGUGCUGUACUUAAUUUUACUAAAAACCAACUCAAAGCUGAUGUGCGGUAUGAAGACUGACCGCUGGAGGGUGAAUGUCACUGGUUCAGUUUUGGUUAUUUGUUACAGAACUAGAAGGACAAGUUGCUACUAGUUUGCAUUAUUCUUUAAAAGGCUGAUGAUGCACAGGGCAACUUUUUGAGCAAUU